GAUUAUUUAACACUGGCUCAGCUCUCUCUUCCCUUGGCCGUUUCUACGCAUCAGCCAUUCAAGAUUCUGGGAUAGCAUUCGAUGUUAUCUUUGGCCCUGCAUACAAAGGCAUUCCGCUAGUAUCUUCAACUGCAAUCGCUUUAUCUACCGAGCACAAUCUUGACGUUCCAUAUUCGUUCAAUCGAAAAGAGGCAAAAGACCAUGGUGAAGGUGGUAAUAUCGUCGGUUCACCUUUGAACGGAAAAAUCCUGAUAAUUGAUGACGUUAUUACUGCCGGUACGGCAAUACGAGAGAGUCUAGCGAUAAUCAGAGCCAAUAAUGCUCAAUUGGUGGGCGUCGUUGUUGCCGUUGAUAGACAAGAAAAGGGAAUCGGGGAGAAAUCGGCCAUACGAGAACUUGAAAUGCAGUAUAACAUCAAGGUUAUAUCGAUUGUGGCUCUGGAAGACAUUAUUAACUAUAUAAGAGAACAAGGUGGUGAUGAUGAACAUCUAAAAGAUAUGGAAGAAUAUAGACUGAAAUAUGGCGCUAAAGAGUAA